AUGCCCGGAGUCUCAGAGGCCUCAAGAUCGGGAGUCGCCGGCGGCGCAGAACAGGGGGAACUCCGGCGGAUGGUACCCUCUCCGCCGUCGCGUCUCCUCCCCGCCACCGGAGGCGUCGCCAUCGAUCCCAUGCUGUGGAAGGACGAGGAGAUGAUGAAGAGGGAGCUAGUGGCCUGGGCAAAGGCCGUCGCCUUGAACUCCUUCCGUUCUUCGAAGCAGCAUCCUCAUGAGUAG